AUGUUGGGCGCUGAAAUUUGGAAGCUUGGAGGGGUUCGUGGCGUGGGAGGGAUCCGAGAUGUGGACGGAGAUGGAGUUGCCGGAGAUGGGGACGGAGAUGGGGUCGUUGGAGUUGACGUCAAAGAUGAAGUUGGCGCCGUAAUUGCCGGCGAAGGUGUGGCGUAUCCUAUAAUACAAUCUUUAUGUCAAUUCCAUGCAUUAUUAAGAGGGGGUUUUUUUCUUCAAUUUUGCAGAGUCACUGGAGAAGAAGAAGAGUUAUGGAGUGGAUAUAGUGAAAAUGAAGAAGAGGUAAGUCCUUCAAACAAAGAGUGUGAUGGGAUAACUACUACUGAGGAUGGGAAGGAGGCAAUAGAAAAUUGUGAAGAUAGAGUUGAGGAACCAAAAGUGGGAAUGACAUUCGACUCAUUAGACAAAGCUUAUUUCUAUUACUGUCAAUUUGCUAAAGAAAAAGGGUUUGCUGUGUGCAAAAGAACAUCGAGAAAGGGAAAAGAUGGGAAGUUGAGUUAUGUAACUCUUUCUUGCAGUCGUGGUGGAAAGGCAAAGGUGACAACAAGCAACCUAGCAAAACCACGUCCGCAAUCCAAAAUUGAUUGUCCAGCUCACGUUACUGUUGUUAUACUGCCGGAUGGAAAGUGGAGGUUAAACCGGAUUGUUUUGGAGCACAAUCAUGUACAGAGCUCUUCAAAGGUACGGUAUUUCAAGUGCAAUAGGAUACUUGAUGAGCAUGUCAAAAGAAAGCUUGAACUAAAUGAUAAAGCCGGGAUCAACCUGAACAAGACUUAUGACUCACUUCAGAUUGAGGCUGGGGGACCUGGUAAGCUUCCGUAUGGUCAGAAAGAUUGCCGAAAUUAUGUGGAUAAAGUGCGACGUUCACUAGUUAAGGAAGGAGAUGCUGAGGCAAUGCACAAUUAUUUCAUGAAGAUGAAAGCCGACAAUUCUGACUUUUUUUUUGCAAUGGAUUUGGAUGAUAAUGGUCGAUUAAGAAAUGUCUUCUGGGCUGAUGCGAGGAGUAGGGCAGCUUGUAAGGAGUUCGGUGAUGUUGUGACCUUUGACACAACGUACUUGGUAAACAGGUAUAACAUGCCUUUUGCUCCAUUUGUAGGUGUGAAUCAUCAUGGUCAAUCUAUUUUAUUGGGAUGUGGGCUAAUUUCUCAUGAAGAUACAGAGUCAUUUUCGUGGCUAUUUCAAACUUGGAAGACAUGCAUGUGGGGUCGUGCUCCGAGAGCAAUUAUUACCGACCAAUGUUUGGCUAUGAAGAAUGGUAUAGAAAAAAUAUUCCCUAACACCCGACAUCGGUGGUGCAUAUGGCAUAUUAUGAAAAAGUUGCCUGAAAAAUUGAAUGGGUACAACGCCUACGAGAAAAUUAGGGUGUGUAUGCGUAAGGUUGUUUAUGAUUCACUGACAAUAAAACAAUUUGAAGAUACUUGGGAUAUAUUCAUCAAAAAGUAUGAGCUUCAAAGUAAUACAUGGUUACAGGGGUUGUAUCUGGAAAGGAAACGAUGGGUGCCUGCUUAUUUGAAAGAUAUGUUUUGGGCAGGGAUGUCAUCCACCCAAAGAAGCGAGUGUAUGAAUGCAUAUUUCGAUGGUUACAUUCAUAAAAAGACGACCUUGAAACAGUUUGUGGAGCAGUAUGAAAAUGCUUUGGCGAAUAAGGUAGAGAGUGAAAAUGAACUAGAUGCGAAAAGUCUCCACACUUACAUCCCGUUACUAACUGAAGAUGAGUUGGAGAAGCAAUUUCAAAGUGCUUACACGAAUUCAAAGUUUCAGGAGUUUCAAAAGCAGUUUUUCGGGAAACUUGACUGUUUGUGUUCAAAGACAAAAGAAUGUGGUAUUAUGUCCGAAUAUGAGGUACAAGAGUGGGUUACAUUUGGAGAAGAAGAAGAGAAAAAGAGGAAACAAGUGUCAUUUACUGUCGAUUUUAAUUCUGAAACCAAUGAAACACAUUGUAAUUGUCGAUUGUUUGAUUUUAGAGGAAUGGUGUGCAAACACCAAUUGAUGGUGUGGUUUCAAAGGGGAAUUCAAAAAGUGCCUGACAAGUAUGUGUUGAAAAGAUAGUGCAAAAAUGUAAAAAGGGUACACACUAAAGUUCGGAUAUGUUACGAUAAGUUGUCAACGUCAAUUGAAGCGCGUCGGCAUGACAAUAUGUGCAAUCUCUUUAAUGAGGUUGCUGAUUUAGCAGAAGCAUCUCAAGAGAAGUACGAUAUGGUGAUGACACGGGUACGCGAACUAAAACGAGAGUUGAUGGACGUUUCGGUCAAUUGUGAAAGUAAUGUGGGUUUCAAAACUCCUAAUGAUUCAUUUUCACUUGGAGAUGAGGUUAUUAAAACCAAACAGAGUACGAACAUACUUGACCCGGAAGGUCUUCGUCGAAAAGGGAGACCGCCGUGUAAAAGGAUGCAAGGUGUUGUGGAAAAAGCUGUUAAGAAGAAAAUAGAAAAGAAGAAGACGACAUUGCCCAGGGAAAAAGCUAAGGUUGAGGAGAUUGUGGUUGACCAUGUGUUUGGGACACAAGAGAGUGUUGUCAAUGUAAAUAGUCAUCAAAGCUACAUGGGGCAAUCAAUGUGGCCAAACUUGAUGCCCCAUAAUAUGCAACCGAAUAUGGCACAAGGUGGAAGCAUCUUCCAAUUUUCUCCAAGUUCAUGCCCAACUGGAACAGGCUUCAACCAAUUCAUGUAUAUGUUUCCAAGUUCACAAACAAACAUGCCAUCAUUAUUCAAUAGUCAUGAUUGGAGAGGGCACUCAAAUUUUACAAGCAGACAAGUUUGGGGAGGAGGGCAAUUAAAUUUUUUGGAGACUCAAGGGCAAUGUGUUGGAGGACCACCGCAAAGUUUUAUGGAAAUGCUGAAUGCAUCAGAUAAUGCUGAAGAGUAAUUUAGUUUACUUGAUUAUAGGUGUUUGACUAUUUGUAUCGUGUCGUGUCGUAUCGUGUCUGUAU